UGUGACACUGAAACUGGAGUUCUGUUGUACACACAGCUGACAGAUUACCACAUCGGAGCUCGACUUCUGUCACUGGUUUUUCAGAAUAAAAGCACAGUUUCUGAUCGGAUCCGAGCGACCCUGAAUGCACCUCAGCUCUGAUGCGAGCUGAACAGCAGAGGCUCUUCGUGAUCUGACCGGCUUCACACCCACAGGAACAUGAAGUCAGACAUCCAGAUAAAAGCUUGAAUGUGAGGGGGGACGGGCGUCAUGUGACACAUACACACAGCACGGGUCACAUCUCUGCAGGAGCAGAGAUGGGUUUGGAGAGGAAGCUGGACGUCCCGGUCUAUGACCUGUCUGUGAUCAGAGGGAUCUGGGAGGUCCGAGUGAAGAAACACAGACGCAGACAGAAGAAGGAGCAGGAGAGGAUCGAGAAGAGCGCGCUCACCAGGAUCGACCAGCAGUGGCAGUACCGGAUAUACUGCAAGACGCUGAAGACUAAUGAACUGGACCUGCUGCACAAUUACCUGGAGAGAGCUACACUGAGUGGAAUACAACCUUACACAGAGGAGCAGCAGGAUCAGAAAGACCAGCAGGAUGAGAGGGAUCCGGAGCAGAGCAAGUUGAUCUUCCAGCUGAACGGCGAGCGUUGGAGGGACUUCCCUCGGGAGCUGCAGUGGAUGACCUACCUGAAGGAGUGGCACGUCACAGGGACAAAGAUCCACCAGCUGCCGGACUACCUGCCUCAGUUCACCCAGCUCACCGUACUCGAGAUCCCCAAAAACGCCAUCACCGAGCUGCCACCUGAGAUCGGCAGGCUGACGGGCUUGAAGGACUUAAACGUCAGCUACAACCGUCUGACCAGAGUUCCUCCAGAGCUCGGAGACUGCGAGGGUCUGGAGAGACUUGAGCUGACGGGAAACCACCUGUCUGAGCUGCCGUUUGAGCUGAGCAGCCUGAAGCAGCUGCUCCACCUGGACAUCGCGGAGAACAGGUUUGUGUCGAUCCCCAUCUGCGCUCUGAGGAUGAGCAGCCUGCAGCUGCUGGACCUGAGCAACAACAGUCUGACCGACCUGCCGCAGGACAUGGACAGGUUGCAGCAGCUGGUCACCUUGUUCGUACAUAAGAACAACCUGUCUUACCUCCCUCACUGCCUCACCAGCAUCUCCACACUCAAGAUGAUCGUCGUGAGCGGCGACGAACUGAACUGCAUCCCGACCCGACUGUGCAGCAACCCUGACAUCAAGUUCAUUCGACUGUACGACAACCCUGUGAGGAGCAGUGAGGAGAAGGAGGAGGAGAAGAAGAAGAAGAAGAAAGAGAAGAACAAGAGGAGGAGGUGGAGGGAGCAGAGAGGAGCGGAGGAGGCGAAGGACAGCGGAGAGAAGGAGUUCAUCGAGGCGUACGUCAGCUCGCUGAAGGACAGAGACACCGUCCCCUACUCCACCACCAAGGUCUCCAUCUCCUGUGUGCUGUGAGGAGGAUGAGUCGACAGUCUGACUGAAGGAUAAAGUGACUCAGCACUUUCCAAAGCAGCAUGGAGGCGGAUGGAUGUGUUGUACGAGGGGGAUACGGGAGUCAGGUGACAUUAUGAAAACAACAGUCACUUUUCUAGGCUUUGGCAAAGUUUUAGAACCCUCUAAAGAUUACAAAUGACUUGUAAAUGAAAAAUAAGAGCUAUAAAUGAAAAAAGACAUUUCGUUUUUGUCACAGUUUUGGCACAUUUCACUAAGACUUCAAAAAUCCAAAUUUUUAUUUUUACUCAUUUUUACUCUACUGUCAUUUUUAAUAUUUUUUUCUUUCCACAGCUCCAGUUUUCUCCUCUAUUUUACUGAAUGUUUCUUUUAAUAUUUGUUUUCAGAAAUAACUUUUCAUUCCAAAAUCAGAUUUCCAACAUUUAAGCAUUUAUUGAUAAUUUAAACCUUAAACUUGGCUCCGAGCUUUUUGUGCUUUUAGAAAAGUUCGUGUUUGAACGUCAGCUCUUUGAUUUGCUGUUCUGACGCGUUUGUGGUCUGCGUGAUGAUUUGAACGUUUUGUUUUCUCUUUGUGGACACUUUAUGGAUGAACUGAGCGUUUUGGUGUGAAAGUUGUGACCAAACAGAAACUGAAGCCGAUUGGACAUGAAAAACUGAGUCACAGGUUUAAAACUGAGCUGAUUUUUGAUGUUUGUUUGUGAAAGUUGACUUGAACAGAAAGAUUUCUUUUCAAAAAUCUAAUUAAAAGUUAUGAUUUCUGCAUUAAAACAUAAAAAUGAUUUUAUUCCUGUUUCGAUCCUGUCGUUUUCUUCAAAAUGGAGAAAAAAAAAGUUUACUUUUGUCAUUUUUAUUUGUUGUAAACCAUUCGUUUCUGGACGACUCUUCAAGUGGUUGUGCUUGUUUUUAAUCAUUUAUUUAUUUUAUUCAGUUUUAAAGUUAUAAUAAAUGUUGACUGUUAAGAUUCACUUUUGUUCAUGUUGUC